AUGUCUAGUAGUGUCCCGUCGAUCGACCUGACACUGGACGAUUCAGACGUUGCUGGCGACCGUCCUGUGUUGUCCGACUUGCAGGACCCAACUCGUCAUAACUUCCUACCCGACGCACCACAGCCCAGUACGCGCCUUCCAGGUCUUUAUUCCGCUGCUCACCAUUCUCUAACGCUAGAAAAGCGCGACUCAUGGCUUCCGGCGCUGCGAGAUGGCCGCAGCGGAGUACACACUGCUACCCCGGGAUCAUUCCCACACCCACACGAGGAAACCCAUGCAAAAUUUACGAGAACAGAUGGGGAGGUAAAGGCCUCCGAUCUUGGCGCCGUCAAUGAGCGACUCUUCGUGAAUCCCCACCAUCACCAACUAGACAACUCGUUGUCUAAACGACGCAGGCUUCAGGAACUGGAUCGACCUCACAUCCCCAAUGGCGAGAACGAACUUCUGACAGAUUCACUGAAUUUCUCCCCACAUGCUGAAAAUGCUAUUCCUGAGGCAAAUAAUGAUGAGUAUGCGACAAUUUCAACUGCAGAGCAGGCUGGCCAGAAACCACCGACGCUGAAAGGUGAUUUUGCUAAUCACAAGUUGGAACAAAAUGGCUCAGAAACGUCAGAAGACCCUAAAGAGCUACAAACCAAUAUUACUACAACCCUAGAACAUACUCCUACACCACCUCCGGUUUUGGGCAAUGGUAACGAUACACCAAUUAUUAUCUUGAGCGACGACGAUGAUGAUGAUUAUGAUGUAAUGAACACUGCUAAUUUGCGCGACGGCCAGAAACAGACGCUAACAGGAGCCGAUGCGGCAGCAAGCGUCGACCACUUUAGGGCCAUUCAUGAUAGGAACCUUGAGAUUAAGAAUCAGAAGCAUGAAGAGUUCACGACUAUGAAGACUACCUGUCGCGAUACUAAAACAAUAUUACAGGGCAAACUUCAAAAGCGAGAUGCUCUUAUUCAACAAACCACUUCCCGCCUGCGAGUGCUACUGGCCGAGGGUCAUGCUUCUGGUUCAGCACCAUCAACUUCUCAAUUGCAGGAGGAGCUGUGGAAACUAGAGGAAAGAAGAGAACAAACGCGCGCGAGACUGCGAAAACUUGAAGACAAAGAACGUGCUUCUGGGGAUGAAUAUAGUGCUUUUCUCAGUAAACAUGGUCCAAAACUACAAAAGUCACACUUGGAUUUGCAAAAUGCGUUAAGCAACAAAUUACACAUUACUAUGGUAGAAAAGAGGGCUAAUCUGACGGAGGAAAAAUCUUCUAUUGAUCAUCUAUUCCGAACAGGUGCCAUCGAUGCCAUUGAGAUGAAGCGUAGGAAGGCUGAAAUAGAUAAGAGCUUGAAUGAAACGCACUCUACUCUAACUGCCCCACAGUCAACCGGAUCCGAUCAAAAGUCUGAAAUAUUUUUCAGGUCUCUUGAAGUGGCACGAAACCUAAUUUCAAAGAAUACGGUGAGGUCGUCGGAAAAUAAAAAGCUGAUGGGGCAUUUUCUAGCCGUUGUCGAGCAGUUCCGAAGGGCUUGCGAUAGAGGAGAACGCUAUAGUCCUAAAAUUAAAUUUCAGGUGGAGAAUGCCAUCACGGAAUUAUAUCGACACGGCGUAAAGAUGCCGGCUGUUUCCAAGUACUUAAAAAGCCUAGCGUUUAUCGUCGAUCCAAUGGAGUACGACUUAGUUCAUGGCGCUAAAGGAGAUGAUUUCAAAAACCUUGCUGGUAGUGACCUAGAAACCGAAGCAGAUAUUUUGGAACUAGCCAAGUUCCAAAAUAAUCAGCAGGGGCCCAAUUCAUUACAACUAUCAAAUAUCUACAACAUACAAGACAACGACAGUUUACAGGAGCUUCUGGAGGGGUUGAAGACAACGGAGGCCGAGGUGGAAGGUGAAGAAUUGACGCCUCCUGAACUUACUGUCAACCUAAUGAAACACCAACGCCAAGGCUUACGUUGGCUGCUGCAGGUUGAACAAUCCAGUAAAAGAGGAGGGCUUCUUGCAGAUGACAUGGGGUUGGGUAAAACGGUUCAGGCGAUAGCUUUGAUGAUUGCGAAUAGAUCCAAAGACGCAAAAUGUAAAACAAAUCUUAUUGUUGCUCCCGUAGCAGUUCUCCGAGUUUGGCAGGCUGAAAUCAAAACUAAGGUCAAUAAAGCUGCAGGAAUGAAAGUUAUAAUCUUUGGUGGUAAUAAUGGUGCGAAAGUUGAAAAUUAUCGGAGUUUGCUUCGACAUGAUGUUGUUCUUGUGUCCUAUCAGACUUUGGCAAGUGAACUGAAAAAGCACUGGCCAGCCCGAUUAACCCAAGAUGCAGAAGAGUUGAAAAUAAUGGCCGACGUACCAGAAAUUAAAGCUAUGAACGCGCUGAAAAGCCGGAAUGAGUAUUGGUCGCCGUUUUACUGUGACGACUCUCAAUUUUACAGAAUCAUAUUAGAUGAAGCCCAAAAUAUCAAGAAUAAAAAGACUCAGUCUUCUAAAGCGUGCUGUGCCAUAGGAGCAACUUACCGUUGGGCCCUGUCAGGGACACCCAUGCAGAAUAGCGUUAUGGAACUUUAUUCCUUGAUUCGAUUUCUGCGGAUCUCUCCAUAUAACCGGGAACAGAGGUUUAAGCUAGACAUCGGUAAUCCACUAGGAAAAGCAUCCAAUGAUUACGACAGUUUUGACCGAAAGCAAGCAAUCAAAAAAGUCCAAGUCCUCUUAAGGGCUAUAAUGCUUAGAAGAACUAAAGACUCAGAGAUUGAUGGUAAGCCAAUUUUAGAACUACCAGAGAAGACGAUCUCUUGCGAUGAAAAGACAUUGGUGGGAAGCGAGCUAGACUUCUACACCGAUUUGGAGCUCAAAAACAAGAAGAAGGCUGAAAAAUUGAUGGCCAAACAGAGUAAGGGCAACUAUUCCAACAUUUUGACAUUAUUGUUACGUCUGCGCCAAGCCUGCUGUCAUUCUGAACUUGUCAUCCUCGGUGAACACAAGAGCGAAACAUCAAAGGUGGCUAACGGUAAAAAUUUCGAUAACGAUUGGCUGAGGUUAUUCGAGCUGGCUCGAGGUAUGCCUGGCAUUGGCCAUGCAGCCGUUGCUGAAGGUCUGGAAAAUAUGUCUUGCCCUUAUUGCAUGGAACAGAUGGAACUGGAUUCUACUGUGGUCACAACACCAUGCGGGCAUAUGAUGUGCGAGGGCUGUGCAGAGCAGUACUUUGAAGAAGCCAGAAUCCAAAACGGUGCAAGAAAAAUCGUAAACAGUGGUUAUGCUGUCCCUUGUCUUGUCUGCAACAAGUUCAUUGAUGAUAAUGAGGUUGUGACCUACAAACUUUACGACCAGGCUAUAAAUCAAAACUUAACCGUUCAAGGAUUACGAGAAGAGUAUAACGCUGAAAUGAGAGCGCAAAAGGACCGGCUCAAAAAUGGCUAUAAGAUAAAUUACGAUACCCUUCAGCCAUCGCCAAAGAUAUCGCAAUGCCUGGAGAUCUUUCGGCAAGUAAUAUCUUCCUCUGAUAAUGAAAAGGUGCUAGUCUUUUCCCAAUUCACGACAUUUUUUGAUUUGCUACAAUACUUCAUCCGCAAGGAACUCAAUGUCCACCAUCUAAGGUACGAUGGCUCAAUGGACGCUCAGGCGCGUGCGGCUACCAUUGAGGAGUUUUACAAAAAUCCACAGCGAAGAAUUCUACUGAUUUCCAUGAAAGCGGGGAAUGCAGGCCUCACGCUUACGUGUGCAAACCACGUUAUACUCGUAGAUCCGUUUUGGAACCCUUAUGUUGAGGAGCAGGCCAUGGAUCGAUGUUACCGUAUAAGUCAAACAAAGAACGUGAAGAUUCACAAAUUGCUGGUUAAGAACUCUGUUGAGGACAGAAUCUUGGAGUUGCAGAAAAAGAAAAGGGAGCUUGUUGAAAGUGCAAUGAAUCCGGAUAAGAUUCAGGAAGUCAACCGUUUAGGACGGCGUGAGCUCGGUUUCUUGUUUGGCUUGAACAACCUAGAGUAA